GUGAGAGUAGACAUGUCAUUUAACAAUAGGAAAUGUUGUUUUCUGCGCUGGAAAAGUUCAGGAUCUCAUUUUUUUAUGAUAGUCUUCUUUGGAAUUGCUAACUGUCAUUCAAUAAGGACGAUUCAAGACUGUGGAAUACAAUGCUCCCAGGGACUUAACUGUAAAAGCAAGCCAACAUAUGACAUAUUGAACUUAUUUUGCCGGGCAGCCCCUAAAUCAUUAACACCUUAUGUUUUGGAAAAUUUGAAAAUCUCUACAGUAAUGAAGUGUCCACAGUCUAAUCGAUGUUCUCUUCAUUUAGAAGUAAUUGGAACGGUAAUUCUUGAUGAUAAUAUUCGUGGGGUUGAAAUCUGCACUUUGUCACCAAGCUCUCAACAGAAUCAGUGUAUGAACAUAAGGUUUAUAAAGAAUAAAGUAAAGAAAUCUAAACAUAAGGUCCAGGUCCAGGCUAACUGCUUUGAAGUGGGUGUUUCUGAGCAUGUCUUUGUAACUAUGAAGACAGUACCAGAUUAUUGUGGCAUUGAAAUUAGCAAAGAAUAUCACGUAGAAGGUUGUCACAAUAAGGAUGUAGGGAAGUACAUACUGCCCUGUCUAACUGGGAAAUUGGAUUACAUGAUCAACGAAGAGAAGAAAAAUAUAAUUGUUUCGGUUUCAAAUAAUCCGGAAGAUUAUGAUUACAGUGUACGUCUCUGCUUGAAAAAAAUCAGCUGCCAUGACACUGGAGCUCAUGCCCGGAUAAAAAAGGACAACUCCACAAAGUCUGUCACGUUGGCAUAUUCAGAAAUUUUACCUUGUUUGUGCAUUGAGGGGUGGCCAAUAUUUCCUGAUGCAAGAAGAACAAGGCUUUGUCCAUUUGAAGAUGGCAAGUCCACGUAAUCUCAAUGAUCCUGUGAAUUUCAUCCUUCCUGAAUCCCACCUGUGUACCUGAUUGGAGUUGUUUUUGCUGUGUCCUUUUCUGUACAAAGCUGUAAAUAAUAGAAUAAUA